AUGAGCGUCAAAUCGCUCAGAGACUUUCCAUCUCCCUCUCCAGGCCACGUCAUCCUUGCCGCCGGCGUCUGCCUUCUUUCUUACAUGCUGCUUGUCUUGUUCUAUCGCUUGCAUCUCAGCCCACUUGCAGCAUAUCCCGGCCCGAAGCUCGCUGCAGCAACGCAUUUGUGCGAGUUUUAUUACGACGUGGUGAGAAGGGGCCAGUUUGUGUUCAAGCUCCGGGAAUGGCACUCACGAUACGGUCCAAUAGUCCGAAUCAAUCCCGAUGAGAUCCACAUUUAUGACAGCGACCACCUCCUGUCGUCGGUAUUCACGACCAGCAGUGGCAAGCGCCGCGAAAAGUAUGAGGUUGCCACGAGGGUCUUCGGAGCGCCGCAAGCCGCCAUUGCAACGGUGGAUCAUGAUAUGCAUCGGAUGCGGCGCGGAGCGAUGGGUCGGUUCUUCUCAAAGGAGAACGUACGACGAGUCGAACCAAUCAUUCAGACCAUGCUGCAGCAAAUGUUCGCGCGGAUGCGCGAGUACCAGCAGACGGGGCGUCCUCUGACCGUCUCAUUGCUAUACAGCGCGUUUACCGCCGACAUCAUCACCGAGUAUGCCUUUGCCAAGCCGAACCACUACCUGGACAUGCCAGACCUAAACAAGAAGUUCUUCAACAUGAUGGUUGGAGUGCACGAGAUGGGAGCGAUGGCGCGAUACUUCAAGCGGCUGUUACCAGUCCUGAACUCAGUGCCGCCUUGGCUUGUCACUAAGCUGAACCCCGGCAUGCGCGAGUUCUUCGUCUUCCAGGAGGAAAUGAAAGAGCGUAUCCGGGAGGUGAAGGGGAAGAGCGAUUUCUACGAGAAACUCGCACACAGGACCGUUUUCCACGAGAUCCUCAACAGCAACAUCCCCGUGUCGGAGAAGACGGUCGAUCGGCUGUGGCAGGAGGCGGAGAUUGUAAGCGUUGCAGGCACUGAGACUACAGCGUGGACGCUCGCGGUCAUCACAUUUUACCUACUGGCCAACCCCGAAAUACUGAGAACCUUAAGAACCGAGCUUUUCACCAUCACCGAGAAGUCCGUGGCGUGGAAGCAGCUGGAAAAGCUACCCUACUUGACCGCCGUCAUCCAGGAAGGCCUCCGGCUGUCCUUCGGCGUCACGUCUCGUUUGGUGCGCACCUGUCCCGAUGAAACCGUCAGAUACGAAACAGAUGGUAAGGUGUGGGAGAUUCCCUCGGGGACACCUAUCUCGACAACCGGGCCGCUCUAUCAUCUCGACCCUUCAAUCUUCCCCGACCCGCUCCGGUUCCACCCGGAACGUUGGUUGGAGGACGGUCAGAGUCUUGACAGAUAUCUGUGGUCGUUUUCGAAAGGGUCGCGGCAGUGCUUGGGUAUGAAUCUCGCGUACGCGGAGCUGUACCUGUGCCUCUUUGCCGUAUUUCGGAAAUAUGCGGGCCCCGGAAAUCAAGGUUCAAGGAUGGAGUUGUUUGACACAUCAACCGAGGACGUGGAGUUCAAGUAUGAUCUAUUCGUUCCAUAUCCAAAGAUUGAAUCAGAGGGCAUAAGGGUUGUGUUGAAGGAUGAUUGA